AAAAAAAAAAAAAAAAAGACCCUCGCUUCUCUGGGUUGCAUGUUCGCGUGUCUGAGCGGGAACGCGCCUGAAGACCGAAAGUGGGCGUUGCCAAGAGCCCGUUUCCUGUCGAAGUGAGCGCGUGGUUUCCGUGUGUCAGCGCGAGAGCGAACGCUGCUGAGGUGCACCGUGUAGCCCCCUGAAAUCGCACCCACACCUCGCGCGUCGCGUUUCCCCCCGUCUUCAGCAGACCACUGCUCCGCCGAAGACAGUGACACUACCCCCAACGAGCGUGCUUUGAUAGCGGUUAGCAGCGCUGCGGUUGAGGCACGAAGCGGGUCAUGACGCUGGAAGCGGUCCGGUACCGGAUCGGGUCUUUACAGAUCCUCAACCAGCUGCUGCUGCCGCACGAGACGGUGUUCGAGGAGAUCCGUUCGGUGCAGGACGGCUAUGAGGCUAUUAAAUCCAUGAAGGUGCGCGGUGCGCCCGCCAUCGCCAUCGUGGGCUGCCUGAGUCUGGCCGUGGAGCUACGGGCGGGCGCCGGGGGCGACGACCCCGUGACCUUUAUCCGGGAGUCUCUGUGCCGCCUGACGUCGGCCCGCCCCACGGCUGUCAACAUGGGCCGGGCCGCCCAGGAGCUGAUGGAGUUCACGGAGAACGAAAGCAUGGAGAAGAGCGGAGAGCAGCUCCGUGGGAGUGUUAUUGGCUGGAUUGAGGAGAUGUUGGAGCGAGACGUAGAAGACAAUAGGAAGAUCGGUAACUACGGUGCCCAGCACAUCCUGUCAGGAGUGCCGAGAGACUCUGUCACCAUCCUCACACACUGCAAUACCGGUAGCCUCGCUACAGCUGGAUAUGGAACUGCACUUGGCGUGGUGCGGUCGCUGCACUCACUGGGCCGUCUGAAGCGGCUGUACUGUACAGAGACAAGGCCGUAUAACCAGGGUGCCAGACUCACAGCAUACGAGGCUGUGGCUGAGGGCUUCCCUGCCACUCUCAUCACAGACAGUAUGGCAGCGCUUGCCAUGAGGGAGAAGGCCAUCUCUGCUGUUGUUGUUGGAGCAGACCGGGUUGUUGCUAACGGUGAUACGGCGAAUAAAGUGGGCACAUACCAGCUAGCCAUUGCUGCAAAGCAUCAUGGGAUACCAUUCUAUGUGGCUGCGCCCAGCACAUCAUGUGACCUGACCUUGGAAAGCGGGCGAGAAAUCGUGAUCGAAGAGCGACCACCAGAAGAGCUCACCAGCAUCAAUGGAGUCGCGGUGGCUGCACCAGGAAUCGAUGUGUGGAAUCCUGCAUUUGACGUGACUCCUCACCAGCUGAUCACGGGUGGUAUAAUCACUGAACUGGGGGUGUUCCUUCCCUCAGAGCUGCAGGCUGCUCUUACAGGCAGACUCACUGCUCUGUAGGGCUACAGCGCCCCCACAGGCUCGGGUGUAUUACUGCAACUUAAUAGCCACUCAGAUCUUGAUCUCAUGCGCGCGCUCUCUCUCUCUCUCUCUCUCUCUCUCUCUCAGUCUCUGUCUCUUUUUUUCAAUUCACAACAGUGGAAGCUACUUCUCUGUUUUGAAUAUAUACACAUAUGUUGGCACAGGCAGUGUCGGCAUGAUGCUUAAACACACACACACAUUCUCACACACAGACUCACAUCCACUGUCACACACUGAAGUGGAAUUACAGUGUUACCCUCUCACAAACGUACCCCAUAAUCCAGGGCCGUUUAUGAACAACAAACACGCAUCACUUCAACAAGUUGUCUUCUAAUUUGUUCUUUUUCAAUUUCUCCCUCCCUCUCUCUCUCUCUCUCUCUCUCUCUCUCUCUCUCUCUCAUUCUCUUUUUUCCUUCCUGUUAUUCUUUCUCUCACUCUCUGCUCAGCUCCAGUCCUAAAUGAAAGGUACUGCUCAGAGAGAAGCUUAAUGGAGAAACCCAUUGAACAAGAACCCAUAGCUAUGAUUAUAAGACAUUUUUCAAUAAGGUGAAUAUUUAAAUAAAUCUUUAAGUUUAAUAAAAUUUAGUUCACCUAUGUGAACAUAUUUCUUGUGAAAAGUAGACUCUUGAGUAGUUAUGGUAACGGCUUAGCUUAAUAGAUAUCUUAACUUUCGCUCCCUAAGAAAUAAGGGCUAUCCGGAAGUGUACAUAUGUACAAAAUUAGCAUUGAUUUGCAUAAGACCACAGAAUGCAAAUCCCCAAUAAAGAGCACUGAUCUCUAAAUGGGUUUGACAGGCAGAAGCUAAUCAAAAUGUUAUAUUAACAUUUCUUUUGAAUUUCAGUAUUGACGAUGUCGACAAGUCCCCCAAAAUAGCUUGAACAGUACCUACUAUAAUAUUUAAAAUAUUCAGUACCAUCUAUAAUAUGUAUGUGACAGAAAUAUGUAAUGGAGCCUGGCCAGUAUAGCCUGAUACAGUGGAGCAGACCACAGCCAUGUUACUUGUUUAGCCAAUGAUAUGAGUUAAAGUCCAAGAGUUACCAUACUACUCAUGUUGAUAUUAGUGAGGAAGUACAGGGAGAACGUACCUGCAGUACAUUUUAGGGAUUGGGUUAUCAUACACAAAAGCCAGAAAGUGGCUGUCGAGGUUUCUGAUUCAGGUUCUCAUUGAAGUAACGAACCAUGUUUGAAGAGGGGUUGAGAUCUAAAUCUUAACGUAAGAGUAGCAAUAGUCAGCAUGAGUAAUCGGUGCUAUGGAACUAGACGUUACACUAUACCUCACUAUAUUACCCAGAAUCCUCUGUUCCUAUGGCAAGCUUGCUUGUGGUGAUUGGUUGUGGUGCUUUUAUUUCUCCAGUGUGAAGUGUAGUCGUGUCAUUCCACAUUCAAAUGCACAUACAUAGUCACACGUGGUGUAUAACAGAUUCACCAUCCCAUCCAAUGAUCUAUAGUCAGUCAGUGUUUUAUAUAGUAGUACUGAACACCCGAACCAGUUAGUCAGCAUUCUGCAUACCUGAAUGACUUGGUUCUGAUGUGCAUAAAACCUGGACUGGUUAGCAGACCUGCGGAUUUAUCUGCGGAGGCACAUCCACCAAUCCUCUGACUCUAGUGACUUUUGGCGGUAUGACUGCAUUCAGAUUAUAGGUGUGACUCCAGUCUGAACAUCCCUCUGUCUACUUAACGGGAUAAAUAAUGAUAACCCCAACCACCCCCCACCCCGUCUGUGUUACUGAAUGUAACGAGGACAGUUCUCCUCAUUGCCUUACACCAUCAGCCAAAAAAAAAUAAAUGCACUCACUAGACUCUAAUUGGCUGAUCCUCGUGGCCACUCCCCACACCAUCUUAUCUACCCUUUCAUAUUCACCUUUGUCACAGCAACAGGCAAAUCAUGAUCUCAAAAAGAAUGAGGAAAGUUGACAUGGAAAUCCUCUCCUCUGUCUUCAUCCUUCUGCCUCCAUCCUUCACUCCAUACUUCCAUAAUCCUCUUCCUUCUUUUCCUGACAAAUCCAGUCUUUUCCCUACAUCUGACCUGGUAUUGACAGUGUCAUUUUUAAGAUUUCAGCACUGAUAAUUUGAGAUGUAGCAUUAAAAAAAUGAAUACAUCUCUAUUGAAUGAGACAGUUGAACAAUGUAUAUUCAGAAUCCAGACAUGCACCCAUUUUUCUGAAGCAGUGUAGUGUUGAGAUCACCUUAUGAGAGAGUAUAUAAGGUGGUGCUUGGUUUACACAUAUUACAGUAUUACAGAGAAACUGGGUAAUAGUUUAAAUAAACAUCUUUAUUGUGGUUUAAUUUUUAAGGUUUUCAUUUUAAUAGAUUUUUAAAUGGUUAAAUAGUUUUUAGGCUUUAUUUUGUAGGAGGAAAAUGUUGACCCAAGAGUGUCGCUGUACACAAAAUGUAGCAAUUCUGUGGGCAUCUGUGUGAUCACUAGAUUUGAUUCAUUCCAGAGGUAUGAGGAUUGGUUACCUUUCAUUUCUCAUCAUUGGAUUUAUACGUGUGUAUGUUCUUGGUGAUUUUAAAAGCUUUUAUGGGAAGGCCUUCUUCAUACACGAUGCGUCUUGCCACACCAGAGAGCAUGUGUCAGAUCCCAGACUAGAGAUCAGUUCCAACCCUGUGUUCCCACCCAGUGCUAGUCUAACAUAACUAAAGCACUAAGGCAGCUAAGCAGAAUUAAGUGUAGCUUCCCUAAAAAAUGGAGCUUGCAUUCUUAAGGCUCCUUAAUUGGGACCCUUGUUCACUAUUACAAGCUUGUUCUAGUUCUAAUUUGGGAAAUGCAUACCUCUGGCUGUGAAUUAAAACCACUAUGUCCAAAGUCUAAUUCAAGUCUGACUUUUGGCUGGCUUUGGAGCACCAUAUUUGAAAUUCAAAUGCAAAUUGCUAUUUUUGGUCAGCCUGUCUUUUAACCAUGACCAUGUCCGGUACAGAGCGACAGGUUCAGGUUGCCUGAUCCUCAAUCAUGUCUGUUCUUAGCUGCUGUGUAAAGGCCCAGAUCAGCUGUAGAACAGUGUAUUGUUUCUACUGAAGGAAACAAUUGAGGGCUGAACUUGAGUGCCACUGGUGUAGGUCACUGUAGAAACCAUGUUACAGCCAACAUGGCUCCGGCUGACAAAUGGGAAGGUCUCGCAGUACAAAAUGUCUGUUUGUCAGCCUGAUUGUUGAGGGGAAAAAGCUAUACAAGCUCUGACUGGCAGAGAGCAAAGCUUAGAGAACAGAGGAAAAGGUUUGUUCCUUAAGCUGGGCACUCUCUACCUCUGGUGCCAAAUUACAGUGCUGUGUGCUUUACUCUGACGAGAGGGAGUCUCCGUGAUUGUUUUGUUGUUGUUUUUUCAAGCAAUGGGACAUGCUCUUGAUAGAUGACCGCAUCAGUUUGAGAAGACCUCCCCGUGUUUGUGUUUCUUCUUGUUUAUAAUGACUGGCAAUCACAGAUAAGUUUUGUAUAAUGUGGAUAUAGCUGAAAAAAAAAUGAAAUGACUGGAUUUUUUAAUACAUAUGAAUAUGAAUAAUACUGUAUACAGCAUACAUGGACUGAAACACCUUUCACAUCAGAACAAUAAAGAAAGUGAUGACA